UGAUAUUAUAUUGAAUAUCUAUUGAAUAGGGUAGCGGGAUCGGGUCAGACGAUCGAUCAUGUAUAAAAGCCAUACAGGCAAUAAAGUUGUUCAGUUCACCCCAAUCUCUGGUCUUUUCCUGUCCACCACAUUUUGGCGACAGAUUGGGAUUUUUUUUUCGUGAGAAAAUUUAGUUUUGUUCGUGCAGUACUGUGAGAGUCUGUAAGAGUGUGUCGUGUAGUAAAAAAAUUUGUAAGAAAUGUCCGUGGCAGAGAAUUCUACAAGGAGUAACAACGGUGGAUUCAUCGGGAGCAUAGGAGAAUAUUGCCCAGAGGAUGAUUUUGUCAUCUAUUGCGAGCGCCUCGAGAAACUAUUCUUCAUUAACAAUAUUGAGGAUGAUAAAAUGAAGUGUGCGCUUUUUAUCAGUUUUGUGGGGCAAAACAUUUAUAAAGUGCUUAAAUCUGCGCUGCAUCCACAAACUGUUGACUCGCAAACUUAUAGUCAAUUAGUGGCUGUGUUGAAAGAAAAGUAUUCUCCAGCGAAAAAUGUGAUAACUGAGCGAUAUCGAUUCUACAAAAGAGAGCAAUCGCCAGAGGAAUCUAUUAGGGAUUAUGUUGUGGCUCUCCAACAGCUGGCAGAAUCGUGUGAAUUUGGUGAUUUUUUGCAACAAGCCCUAAGAGACAAGUUUGUGAUGGGCAUUUAUGAGAAAAAGAUCCAAGAGAGACUCCUUGCCCUGGACAAAGGCUUUGAAGAAACUGUGAAGGUUGCCAGAGCUAGUGAAUUAGCCACAAGUUCCAUGGGAGAAAUGCGUGCAAGCGUGGAUUGGGUGAGCCAAGGCAAAUCACGAGGUGGUCGUCAAGGCGGAAAAAAGAGAGUGAACCGUGAAAGCAGUGAUCAAGGGACUCACGAGAAGAAGAGAAAAGUCCAAUGCUACCGGUGUCAUGAGUGGGGAAGUCAUUAUGCUGCAAAUUGCCCGAAGAAAGGUGCUAAGUCCAAGAAGCGAAAACAGGUGAACUUCGCGGAGGAGGAAUCUGAAGAUGAGGACGUGAGUGGCAUGAUGUCUGCUAUGUUCCUGAACUCCGUGAAGGACGAAGGAAGCAGCACUUUGGACUCUGACAUGGAAGUAUAUGUGCCAGAGCGAGAGGCUCAAAUUGUGCUGAGUGAUUCGCACAAUGGCGCAACGGUAAGUAUGUGCCGCAGUGAGUGCAAAGCACAGAAAAAUCUCUUUAUUGCCGAAUAUUUAAACACAGUAAUUGACCACAAAAGAAUCAAGUUUGAAAUUGAUACUGGGGCUUGCAUUAGUUGUAUGCAUGAGAGUUUUUAUCGCAAAUUUUUUGCCCAGUAUAAAUUGAUGAAAUGUGAUUUGACUUUGAGCGUUGUUACAGGGGACAGAUUAUGCAUUUUAGGCUAUAUUAUCGUGACGAUUUUUGUGAAGGUUAACGGGCUUCAGAGGGAAUUCCAGAAUAUGAAAUUGGUCAUUUUCAGUGGUCCAAAGGUCUUCUUUCCAUUGUGUGGUCGCAAUUGGUUAAAUAAAAUUUUUCCUAGGUGGAGAGAAAUGUUCAAUGGGUCUAUUGCAUUUGAUGGGGGAAUUUUUCGGCUUGCGGAUGAGCAAAAGAUUCUUCAGAAAUUUUCUAGAGUUUUUAAAUGCAAUGAAGAGGAUUCUAUUAGAGAUCUAAAGGCUGUGAUAGUGGUUAAGGAGGAUUGUGUGCCAAUUUUUCACAAGCCUUAUGCGGUACCAUACGGGAUUAGGGAUAAGGUGGAAGCCGAAAUUAGGCGGUUAGUAAAAUCAAAAGUCCUUGUUCCUGUAGAUCAUUCUGAUUGGGCAAGCCCAAUUGUCGUUGUCCCAAAGAAAGAUGGUGCUAUUCGCAUUUGUGUAGACUGUAAAGUCACAGUGAAUAAAGUAGUGAAAACGGCUCAUUAUCCCCUUCCGACCUUGCAAGAAAUUUUUAACAAGAUCACAGGUUCUUGCUAUUUUUGUGUUCUAGAUCUCACAGGAGCGUAUCAGCAAUUAGAAGUAACUCCAGAAUGUAGGAAAUUCCUAACUAUAAAUACCCAUAUUGGAUUAUUUCAAUUCACGAGAUUGAUUUUUGGACUUUCGUCAUCACCUGCGAUCUUCCAGAAGACAAUAGAUGGAAUUUUGCAGGGUAUUCCUAAAACCGCGGCAUAUAUUGACGACAUUAUAGUGGGAGGCUCUAGUAAAGAAGAAUGUCGUAAUAAUUUAAUUAAAGUUUUAGAGCGAUUGAGCAAUUUCAAUGUAAAAGUGAAUAAAAAGAAAUGCGUCUUUUUCCAAGAGAAUGUUGAGUUUCUGGGUCAUGUCCUUAGUGGUGAGGGUGUACGCCCUAUGAAAAGUAAACUUAUCGAGAUUGAUCAAGCACAGCGUCCACGAGAUGUGACAUCUUUGAAAGCCUACCUAGGUCUUUUGACUUAUUACGGGAAAUUUAUUAAAAAUUUGUCGAUGAAGCUUGCGCCCUUGUACAGUCUUCUCAAAGCGGGUACAACAACACACCUUCUUCAGUGACAAAUUUGGCACCAACAUCAGUACUAAUGAGCUAUACACCACGGACUCUGAUGACUUCCUUGAAGAGGGGGAAGGAGAAACAGGAGUUUCAAAAAAAGAAACCACAGGAGUUGAUAGUCCGAAGGAAGAAAAGCCAGAAGCAGAGUGAUACUAAGCCUCUGAGUAAACUACAAGUGGGUCAGGAUAUUUGGUAUUUCAACACCUUGGGGACUGUUUGGGUUCGCGGACGGAUUCAUGGAAAACUCACGGAUACCGUGUACAUCGUAGAUAUAGGAGGAACUAAGAAAAAGGCACAUCGAGAUCAGAUACGUCCGGUUGAGAAGAAGUUAAUUAUUGAAAGGGACCUUCCAAGACUGCAAUCUCCACCACAGCCUGUGCCAUCACCAUCACCAUCGCCAGCAGAGCAAUUCCACACUCCUUCACAACAACUCGCGCCAUCAGAAAAUCGUAAGCGAAGGAAAAGAGUUUGGCCUGCUACCCCAAAAAGGAAAAGCGAACGAAUUCGAAAGAAAUUAGAAUUUAAAUAAUUAUUUGUCUUAUUAGAUUGCAUGAAAAAUAAUUUGUUAAAUGAUUCUUUAUUUUGAGGGGGAAAAUGUUGUAUAUUUGAUAUUAUAUUGAAUAUCUAUUGAAUAGGGUAGCGGGAUCGGGUCAGACGAUCGAUCAUGUAUAAAAGCCAUACAGGCAAUAAAGUUGUUCAGUUCACCCCAA